AUGGGAAGAUUUGUAAAUACUUCUGGAGGGCAUGGUAAGAACAUCGCAUGUGAUAUGAGAGUAGAGCAUGAGGUAAGGAAGACAAAAGAACUUCUUUCUGGAAUAGGAGGCAAGAUGGAUGAAAAAAAUUCACAAAAAGUUGUGAAAGCACAACAAAAGUUGGAUGCUGUUGUUCUGAAUUUUGACCAAGAAUGUGGAGUCAAUCCACAAUGCAAGACCCACACAAAACUCAGUUCAGAAAAUGAUGUUGAAAACAUGUUAUAUGAUUUGCAAAAGAUUAAUGUCUUUCAGUUCCGGGCAGGAAGACAACACAAGGCCUUUCCAGACCAUGCUAAGUCCAUACUUGAGGAUUUAGAUAUGGGAAAGGUGUUGACGUGGGUACAACGGUUGGUGAAAAGAUUCUCCAAGAGUCACCAAACAGUUGAUGAACAAGAUGAAAGUGAUAAUGAAGGUUGA